GGUUGAUACCUAUUUUAAGCUUUGAUGUUUUCAAUCAUAUUUGAAUAAUAAAAAAAAGCAGUGAUAUUUUAUGGAAUUUUUAAUUGUGUACUAAAUGGGAUAACAAAAGAGCAAUAAGUGCUUAAUACCGAGAUGAAGACGUUUCUGAAUGCCGCUAUGUUUUUCCUUGUUUUACAUAAUAUUUAUGGAUUCCCGCCAUACCCUUUGACUGGAUGGCCCCAUGUUAACACAAGGUCACACAAAGACAUGCUAAAUAUAGGAAUUAGAAGGGCUGUAGGCCAGUUCCUUUUACAAUAUAACUAUCUUGAAGAUGAUGUACAUCUCUUUGAGGUAGUGAAUGCCUUUUUUGGCGACGACAGUGAUGGCAAAGAGAAAUAUUACGAUAGUGUUCAGGAAAUAUAUUCUUAUCUAGAAAAACAAGAACUGCUGAAAGAGGCAUACAUACAUUGCAAUGGGGAACAGAUAUUAGAAGCACACACAUUUCUAGUGUCACUCAGGCAAAGGAUGAAAGAGAUUAUUAAUGAACCAGAUUAUAGCAUAUCUCUGCUGCGAAAAUAUGUAGGGAAAUGUUUAUAUACCAUACAAGCGUUUUACAGCACUACGAACUGGGUUGAAAUGGAUAGGAAUAAAACUUACAGGGAUUUUGGUGUUCCUGGUAAAACACUGCUCACAGUGGCUGCUGAUGAUGUUGAUACGUGUUCGGACUGCGAUAACUCAGGGCAAGUUUGUUUGAUAAAUAACACACCCUUGCUUUCAUUGAUUAUUUAUUUAUCUAUCUAUUCAAGGGACAACAAAAACUCUUGUAAAAACAAUUUACUAGUAACUGAUGUGUUAACAAGCGGAUAUCAUGGUGGUCAAGAUGCUGUAAGUCCUCAACGAAGUUCGGAAGACACUACAGGGAAGUGUGGUUUUGGCGGAAGUUCCGAUGUAAACAAUGGAAACACAACUGCAUCUGGAGGGAUAAAUAAAGAUAGACUUGAUUCAACAUAUUCUCCCCAUUACCACUCACACUUCAAAGCAUAUUUAGCAGCUGAAGAAGCAACCUUUCAAUUUCUCAUAGACUCUGAAAUUGGUAUCAUAAAGGACUUAACUGGCGAUGUAUUUGCAAAGAUCUUUAAUUUAUAUAAGAAAAACAAAGGCUCUUUUGGAUUUGCCAUAGAUGUAACAGGUUCAAUGGGUGAUGAAAUAGAGGCUGUAAUAAAAGGAUGCAUUGAGAUAGUUACAACUGUGAGGGGAACUGAUAAUGAACCAGCUGAUUACGUGUUAGCUACAUUUUCAGAUCCAGAAUCAUUAACUACAUUGGUUUUGAAAACGGAAAACGGACUUGAGAUGAUUUCAGCUCUAAGAAAUUUGACAUUAUAUGGUGGUGGUGAUUAUCCAGAAUAUUCAAUGAGUGGAUUGCGUAAAUGUAUAGAAGAAUGCCAAAAUCAUUCAACUAUAUUUGUUUUCACUGACGCUACCUCGAAGGACUAUCUAGAAUAUGAUGAUGUCACAGCAAUAGCUAUAAGCAAGAAUAUAACAGUGGACUUUAUGUUGACUGGCGGAUGUUGCAGAAAGAAGCGAAAUACGUAUCGUCAAAAACGCCAGACAUUAAACUCUGUUUAUGAUUUAAUUGCUGAGGCUACCGGUGGAAACAUAUAUAGAAUAAGCGCAUCACAAAUUACAACGUUUCUGCAAGAAGUAACAGAGGAACGGUUUCCCUCUGCAACAGCUAUUAUAGAUGUUCUGUUUAUGAACACCAGUCACAGCAACAACUUACAAUUUGUAGCCGAUUCAUAUGUAAAGAAUAUAAAGAUUGUGAUAACCGGUACAUCUAAUACAGCAGAUGUGGAUUUAACAAACACUUCAGGUUCGUUAAUAGAAAAUGGUGAAGCCACUGUUUUGUCAGAGAUCCCAGAUAAAGUUGUUAUCACUGUCGUAGACACCUCACCAGGUCUAUAUAAUAUUACAAGAAGAUCACAGAUUGCAUGGGAGGUUAACAUUACAGCACAAACGGAUGUUGAUUUUGAUUACUUUAUUCUGGAGAAGUAUGAAAAUGACUAUUUGUACAGAAUAUCUAGAAAUCCUAUUGCAGGGGACAACUACACAAUUGAAAUAACAGUCUAUAACUUACUUAACUACAGUAACGCACUAUCAGAUGUAACUCUGACUGAUAAUUAUGGCUCUAUAGAAUAUCUCAACAUAACAUCUGUUUCAUCAUCUUAUGCUACAGUGGCUUUGGCAUCAAUGCAGUUUAUUGCGGAGGAAUAUCAAGUCAGCAUUUCUGGUAUCGAUGAACAUGGAAAUACUUUCCGCAGGACAUCAUCAUCGAUAAUAAGACCAGUUAAGCUCAAGCUAAUCGUAAAUGUGCCUUCAGAAUUGAUUGCCAGCACUUCAUCAACGAUCGAGUAUACUGCUACGAACUACUCGCCAAACAACCGGACAUUCAUCGUAAGAAUCGGAAACGAUCGCAAUUUUGUAGUAGAUAUGACAACUGCAACCCAUUUGAUAUCGGCUUAUGGAAUGGCUAAUGGUAGUUUUAACAUUUUAGCGACGUCUUCACAUAAGACAGUGACAAUUGCUGUUUCUGUUCAAGAGGUAGGAUCAAAUGAAAACCUCCAGGAAGAAACAAGGACUAUUUUCAUUAGUUCUGAUACCCCGACCACAUGCUCUGUGACGUCAAAUACAGGAAAUUGUUCACUUACGUUUGAAGAUGGUAUGUGUUCUUUAUACAACUGGUUUGGACAGUCAGUUAUAAAUUUUGAUGCAUCACUGACCUCAUUGAAAGGAAGCAUUGGAUUGAAAAUUCAGCACACAAACAUGUCAGAGUCACCAAUGUUUGUAAAUGUUAGUGGUGACUGUUGUACAAGAUCGGCCUAUUUGACAGUAAUUGAUGAAAACAACUAUAUCACAAAAUGUUAUUUUGACCUUGGGGAUCCAGUUUACAGGACAGUUACAGAUUCAGAAUCCGGUUUAUCAGAUGCUGGAAAAAUAGCAAUUGGAGUGGUAGUAGGUAUUGUUGUACUCGCCUUGUUGGUCGGUGCUAACAUAGCCAUUAUAAUUUACAGAGGUGGAAUACAACCAAAGAUAGAUAAGAUGAAGAUUAACGAUUGGGAUAUUGACAAUAACGAUUUAACAGUUUCAGAACUAGAAACAGAUUUUCAAUAAUAUAAAGAAUUGCUUAAUUUG